AUGCCAAAGUGUUGUGUGAGAAAUUGUAAAAAUAUUACGUCAAGAAGGCUAAAAAAGGAUGGGAUAUCGUAUUUUCGUUUUCCUCGUAACCCAAUACGACGUGGAGAAUGGACAUCAAUCAUCAGUCAACAAAGGCGAGAAGAUUUUUUUAAGCCGAAUAAUUCAAGCGUCGUUUGUACCGAGCAUUUUUUGGAGGAAGAUGUGUAUGUCACUUCAAAAGGCAUAAAACGUCUUUGUAAAACGGCUGUUCCUAAUAUAGUGGAUAUGACUCCACAGGACCUCAAGAUUGAGACUUUCAAAAACGACGAGAAUAGCGUUGACAAUGACGGUAGUUUACAAAGUCCUUCUGAUGAAAUAUUCAAUAAUGAAGAAAUGGAAUGCGAAAUUUCAAAAAACAACGAGAAUAGCGUUGACAAUGACGGUAGUUUACAAGAACCAUCUGAUGAAAUAUUCAAUCAAAUAAAAAAAGAAUGCGUAACGGUGCCGCAGCAGGAGGAAACUACAAUAGACUUUGAAAGUGACAAAUCUUUAGACAUACCUAAGACACAAAAAAAUUCACGACUGCGAGAGAAAAAUAAAAUAAUAAUAAGUCAGCAAAAAAAACUAGCGGUUCAAGAUAAAACGAUAGCAACCCAAAAAAGAUUAAUAGCAAAACAAGUAAAGGUAAUCAACCGUCUAAAGGCCAAUAUAGAGGAUUUAGAAUUAAAAAAUGAUAAGCUGACAAAGCGGAAUGAGUUUUUAAGAGGAUCAUUACAGAGACUAAGAGAAAAAGUACUUAAUGAGAACGAAUAA